AUGGCUGCAGCACGGCUUGUCACCUGCGGGCUGCUCCUAGCCAGCAACGUUCUCACUGGGGCCCAGGAGAUGCUGCCAGUGAGGCUGUCCUCCAAUGGGACCCUGCAGCGGGGCAGGGACCCACUGCAUAACCCUGCCCGGGGACAGCAAUGGCCAGGCCUGUCCCCUACCUGGGAGGUGUCAGGAGAUACGAGUGGUGCUGGGGUCCUCAGGAGUGAGCACUGGAGGGGUAGCAGCCCUGUACGCUGGUCCUCACCUCUGCAGCUGGGGGAUGCCACUGGGCCACCCCUGGAGACGGAAACCAGGGCCUGUGGCACAACCCAGGCCGUGGCAGAGAAGCCACUCAUCACCUGGCAAGGACAAGAGGCUGGAGAACAGGACAGCUCCUGGGGGAUGACCUGGAUGCUGCAUGGCUCUGCAUCAGGGAGACCAGACUCCAAGGGGCCCGGAAACAUCAAUCUGGGCUCCCCAGGGCCACCCUGGGCAGGGCAGGGCCCAUCCCUGUCUGGACUGAGUGCCACCAGGCCAGCUAACACCCCCAGCUCACAGGCAACUGUGUCCACCGUUGUCCUGACCCCCAAGCCAACAGCAAGGACAGAAACAGGGGAAGCAGACUCCCAUGUAGGGGGACAGCCAGCUGAGGGGACACACGUGAUAGCCCCAGGUCUCUCUCAGAGCACACCGCUCACUCCAGCCAGCAGUGAGGUGAUCCCUCUGGGCACUAUCCCCAUCUCCCACCCCACUGACACAGUGCCAGCCCAAGGUCCCCACACUAGCCCCAGUUCUCAGCAGCCAGCAGGCAGACUGGGGGACCUGGAGGGGCCCCCCAGCCCCUCUCUGGUUGUGUCCAGCUCUGCCCUUCAGCUGCCUCCCACAGCUCCAUCCUGGGGGCUGGCUGAGCCCUGGACCCAGGUACUCCCAGCCCACCAGCGUAGCACACGGAGAGCCCCCAUCAGUCAUGCCACCGCCAGCCCUGGGUACACAGCCCCUCGCACAAACACUGGGAUGAAGGGCCAGCAGGGACCCCAGCCUGCUCCAAGGGCUGCCCUCAGCACCAGCCCUGCACCACUGCCUGACUCCAGCAUGGACCUCCCCGGCAUCCCUGGCACAGAACUGCUGCCUGAGGAGGAUGUGGGCUCCCCGCAGCGGGUCCGGGGUGCCGUGGGCCCUGUGAGUGUCCCAAAUGCCAGUGAGGCUACCCUGCGGCCAGCGGUGCAUCCGACCACAAGGACACCCGGAACCAAGCGUUCAGACACCCUGGGGACGCAGCCCUCUGCCCACGGCACCGUGACCCCCUCAGCGACAUGGCGGCGGGCAGGGCUGACGCCACAACCAGCGCUUCGGCAUCCAUCCACACCGCAGCUGCAGCCUAGCCACGUCCCACCAGUGCCAGGUGCCAACGGGACGGAGCUGCGCUGGGCUGAGCUGCGGCACCGGCUGGGCUUUUCCUGGGAGGUCCAUGUCUACGGGGCAGCUGCCAUCUUCCUCCUGCUGGUGCUGGGCUGCCUGGCUGGGCUGGCAGGGGCAGCUGCCCUGCGUCCCACUCACCUGCCCCACAUUUUAGGGGCCCAUGGACAGCUGCUAGCCGCCUGCCUGCUGCGGGCCACCUUCCUGCUUCUGGACCCAUAUGGGAUACGGGGACGCCUGCACCCCCGAGCUGUGCUGCUUUUCAGCACCGUCCCCUUCCCUCUACUGCUCAGCACCUUUGCUCUUCUUCUCCAGCGGCUCCAGCGCCUGUCCCAGCUCCGGCUGCUGCCAGGAAGGCUCCGGGGGCUGCCGGCACUGGGGGCUGCUGCUGCCCUGCAGAGUUCCGUGCUGGGAGCCGCUGACCUACUCCCUUUUCGGCUGGGCCCCGCUGCCGCACUGGGGCUGCAGGCACUGGGCUGCGGGGUUGGGGCCCUGCUACUUCUGGGGGGACUCUGGGGGUGCUGGCGGGUGCUGCAAGAACCCCAGGAGAGGUCAGGGGGUACUGGGGUGCCAGGGCUACAGUGGGGGGCCCGGGCACUGCUGGUGGCAGUGGCGGUGGGGCUGCCGGUGUGUGGGCUGCAGCUGUACAGUGCCCUGUGGCAGCGGGAGGUCUUGGGACCCCCUGGGCACUUCUCCCAACCUGGCUGGGUGGCACAGCUCUGGCUGCGUGUCGGAGAACUGGGCAUGGCGCUGGCACUGCUGGUGGCUGCUGCUGAGCCAUUGUGCCGCCGGUGCUGCCACCGGAGCCCUGCCAGCCACUCCUGCUGGGCCAAGGCGCUGCAAUACUUCUGUGCCGGCCGCAAAGCUGAGGCACCUGAAUACCCCAACAACUGCUAUGAUUGGGCUGGCGGCAGCACCGGCAGCACCGGUGGCAGUGGUCCGGAGCGGGCACCUGCCAAUGAUAUCUCCAAGAGUCUCAUUCGCAACCCGGCAGAACAGCUGCCCCUGCGGGCACUGAAGGACAGCAAUGAGGCCUGGGCAGCUGCUGCCAACACCACCGGGAUACCAGGGCUCAGCCCCAAGUGCCCCAACGUGCUAGCUGUCCGGUCCUGCGCCACCUUCGAGCAGGGCUCGUCCCCCUCGCUGGGGGAGCUGAUCUUCCGCCCACCGUCCCCGAUCGACCUGCGCCGCAGCAUCGAUCAGGCCCUCUGCCGCCGGCAUCUCCUGCAUGACAGCCUCUUUAGCCGGCCCCGCCGUGGCUCUGGCACUUCUCUGCACAGCUCCCUGGCCCCUAUCGAGACCCUCUGCCCGGGGCGCAUGGUACGCUGCAGCUCGCUGACAGAGCUGCCUGGCGUCCGGCAGCCGCCUGGCACCGUCACGAUCACUGUCACAGCCUCAGUCAGCUCACUAGACAGCAGUUCGCUGAAGAUCAGCUGGAACCCCUGGCGCCAUGGGCUCUCCUCACCCGACAGCCUACCCCUGGAUGAGACACCCAGCCGGGCCCCCCUCCUGGUGCCUGCCGUGCCUCCCAGCUGGGAGCGUGAGGGCCUCCGCAGCUUCCCUGCCCUCGGCAAGGCAUUGGAUAGCCGCAGUCUUUCCAGCGACACCAUUGAUCUCUGA